AUGCCUUCAAGAAAGGAUGAACCCUUCGAAAGCAGCAGCUUAGGCCAUCCUGUAAGGGAGGACUCGCUCAUGGAUCUUCGGGAGCGGCAGCAAGUGGGUAAUGAUAUUACAACACUGAUAACUGAUGUCUUUGGGACUUAUAUUGUUUAGAAGUUCUUUGAGUUUGGGAGCACAGCCCAGAUAAAGGAAUUGUCUGACCAACUAAUUGGGCGUGUCUUAUCACUUAGCCUUCAAAUGUAUGGUUGCCGAGUUAUACAGAAGGCCAUAGAAGUUGAUUUAGAUCAGCAGACUAAAAUGGUUGCUGAGCUUGAUGGACAUGUGAUGUGCUGUGUACACGAUCAAAAUGGGAACCACAUUAUUCAGAAAUGCAUUGAAUGCAUCCAACAGCAUGCUAUCCAGUUCAUUGUUUCAAUCUUCUAUGGCCAGGUUGUGAUGCUAUCUACUCAUCCGUAUGGUUGUAGGGUCAUACAGAGGGUACUGGAGCACUGUGAUGAUCCUAAAACUCAGCAGAUAAUGAUGGAUGAGAUCCUCCAAUCUGUUUGCUUGUUGGCUCAAGACCAGUACAUUAACUAUGUUGUGCAGGGAGUAUUGUCUUCCUUUAAUAACCGCUGGUCAAUACUUUGCAGAUGUGCUAUUAUUGAGAAGCUGAUUGGACAAAUUGUACAAAUGAGCCAGCAGAAGUUUGCUUCGAAUGUCGUAGAGAAGUGCUUAGCCUUUGGGAAUUCUGUGGAGCGCCAGAUCCUGAUAGGUGAAAUGCUUGGAACCACUGAUGAAAAUGAACAUCUUGACGUGAUGAUGAAAGACCAGUUUGCAAACUAUGUAGUACAGAAGGUGUUAGAGACUUGUGAUGAUCAGCAGAGAGAGAUGAUACUCACAAGGAUAAAAGCUCAUCUGAACACACUGAAGAAAUACACUUACGGAAAGCAUACAGUGGCUCGUGUGGAGAAGCUCGUCGCAGCUGGAGAAAAGCGACUUGGACUUCAACCAUCGUGUGCCGCCUGAAGAGUAAGAAAUCUAGUGUACAGCUAACAGUGGCUAGGUCUGCACUCCAUCAUGUUUUUCUAUCUAAAACAACUUUGUGAGGCUAUGGCCUCAUUGUUGGAAAUAGAAGAGUAGGAGCUAGCUUGCGCUGAGUGUACAUUCUGUAGCCGAGGA